AAGCUCAUCUACGAUGAGAUAGAUCUGGUCUUUCGGGAUACUGGUGGGCCCAAAUACUACAUCAACCAUUUAAAUGGCAAACUUCUUCCCAGAUUAUUAGCCUUCUAUACAUUCAAACCCGGCGUCCCUGUCGGCCAUGACGAGUAUGAACCCAAUAUACUCGCUAAACAUUACAGAUGCUUUGGCCCGUUCCCAGUUUUCCAUGAAGAGAUCGCUGCUGAACCAAGGCUAGCUAUUCUGAUGUGGAUUAUGAAUAUACCCCUAUCUGACUACUCUGCGAGGGAUCUGCCAGGAGGAUAA